AUGCGGCAGGAUACCAAUUAUAGAAAAGCCAUUACGGCUCAGGAACGAUUAGCUGUGACGCUCCGGUUUUUGGCAACAGGCGAUUCCUUUACAAGUUUACAAUACUUGUUUAAAAUAUCUAAGCAAAGUAUUGGUAAAAUUGUUCCGGAGGUCUGUGAAGCCAUUACGAAGGCACUGAAAUUGUAUAUUCAGAUGCCAAAAACUGGAACGGAAUGGCUAAAAAUCGCACAGGAAUACAAUGACACCUGGAAUUUCCCCCACUGCAUCGGCAGCAUUGAUGGGAAACACAUAAGUAUUCAAUCGCCAAAACACAGCGGAAAUGUUGGCUGCCAAGGAAGAAUUUCAGACGGAGGUGUAUUUAAUAAUUCUUCUCUAUAUCGGGCCAUGGAGGAGAAGAAAUUAAAUAUCCCAGCGGCUAUUCGAUUAGAAGGAAGGGAAAUACCAAUUCCUUUCUUUUUCUUAGGAGACGAAGCCUUCCCCAUUUCGGAACACCUCCUGAAAUGUUACUCUGGAUAUUUUACGAAAGGAUCGCAGCAGCGUAUAUUUAAUUAUCGAGUAUGCCGGGCCCGAAGGGUUGUUGAAAACGCCUUCGGCAUAUUGGCCGCAGUCUUCCGCGUAUUAAGGAAACCAAUGCUUUUAUCGCCGGAAAAAGCUUCUGUUGUUGUUUUAACAACAACAGUAUUGCACAAUUUUUUACGGCAAAGGCCAGAUUCUUCUCGACUUUAUACUCCUCCUGGAACGAUGGAUAACGAAGAUGAAGGCGUUUUGAGAGGAGGUAACUGGAGGGAACAGGGCAACGAAAUGGGAGCGCUUUUGCCCUUGCGAGGAGUUCCGCGGAGAACAACUUCCGCGUUGUUACAAGUACGAGAGGAACUGGCCCAUUAUUUUUUGGCGGAAGGAAGGGUACCUUGGCAGGAAGACUGCGCAUAG